AUGUCUCUUUUUGGGCAGCAAGCCGCUCAGCAGCCCCAGUCGACGGGGCUGUUUGGCCAGCAGACCGGAAGUCUAUUCGGAGCACCACAGCAAGCGAAGCCCCUCUUUGGCUCUCUCGCCCAACAGCAGCAGCAACAACCUCAACAGCAGACCGGGAGUCUCUUUGGAGCAAGCACUCAGCAGCAGCAGCAGCAACCGCAGCAACAGCCAGGGAGCUUGUUUGGCGGUGUCCAACAAAACCAACAGAAACCAGGCGGGCUAUUCGCUGGACUUGGGUCCAACACUCAAACGCAAACGCAACAAGGGGGCAAUUUGUUCGCCGGACUUGGGUCUACUUCUACUACACAGCAACCCCAAUCAACGGGAGGUGGCCUUUUCGGAGGUUCUUCAACGCAACAGCAGCAGCCUCAGCAACAGCCAUCAGGCGGCAGCAUGUUCUCGGCAUUUGGCCAGAAUAUCCAGCAACAGCAACCACAGACACAGCAGGGUAGUGGACUCUUUGCAGGGGUUGGAGCAAGCACUCAGCCGCCACAACAGCCUUUCGGAGCUACACUUAGCGCUGGGCAGCAGCAUCAACAACCACUCGGACAAUCUCAACAAAACGGAGCGACGUUGUGGACACCGGGACAAGGAAUGACUGGCGGCCGACAAGAUGACGAAACAAAAUGGGAGGAAGCGCUGCGGAAAAGACCUGGUCCGGGUUACGUGCCUGUGCUCGUCCAGGGGUUUUGGGAGCUGGGAAAACGAGCACAGCGACAGCGGGAUUUCCUCGCCAUGAUGCAAGUCCGCCUACAUGAAAUCAAUAACGCUCUCACAGAGCUCCUCUCGCGUCACGACCUGAAAAUUUCGGUUAAGAUUGCCGCCUGCCGACGAAAACAUACAGUCCUCAGUCAGAGAUGUCUUGCCCUUGCGGCGAAAACGCAGAUAUUGAGGAAUCGCGGGUACGCUAUGGAUGAGACCGAGGAGGAGUUGCAGAAGAAGCUUCACCAACUAGAGCGCUCCGUGUUCGACCCCUCCCUCAAUGGCCGCACGGAGGAAAUCUGGGCCAGAAUGUUGGCUAUCCGGGAACAGUCGAAGCGCCUGCAGCUGGAAGUGGAGAAAACUGGCCAAGAGUCUAACCAACAAGCCGACGAUGAAUUGGAUGAGAGUGCCCUGAAGACGGCUAAGAAGAUUCUGGAAAGCUAUGCUGCACAGAUCCAGCAUUUGAAUAAGGAGCUUGCCGCUGCGCAGAGGGAUUUUGAAACAAUACACGGAUCUUCGACAUGA